AUGCUAGACCUGAGAGCAUUUUCCGCAUUAACUGAAGUAUCCCUUGGGGGAAACAACUUCAAUGGAUCCAUUCCUCAAUAUAUUGGCCAGCUCUCUGAGCUUUGUGUUCUAGAUCUUUCUAGAAAUAAUUUUCAUGGCGUAGUCUCUGAAACCCACCUCGCCAAGCUUGAUAAGUUAGAGAUAUUAGAUCUAUCCCACAAUUCAUUGGUGUUGCAUUUUGCUCCUGAUUGGAGUCCUACUUUUCAGUUGAAUGAGAUAUUGUUGUCAGGGUGCAAUGUCGGUCCAUCUUUUCCGAAAUGGAUUCAAACUCAGAAACAUUUCUCACUCCUUGAUCUCUCUCGAGCUAAUAUAGCAGAUGAAGCCCCAACAUGGUUGUGGAGUUUAUCCCCUUUGGUAGAAGCCAUAUAUCUUUUCGACAAUCAAAUUACCGGCAUUGUUAUGAAUCUCUCAUCUUCCAUUCGGGACAUAGAUCUUACUAACAAUAGUAUCUCAGGUCAUAUUCCAUUACUUCCUGCCAAUGUAGAAAUUAGUCAGUUGAGUGGAAAUAUAUUCUUUGGUUCAGUUUCAUCUAUUUGCAAAACUCGACAUGAUCAGCUUGUAUUACUUGACAUCUCCAAUAAUCAGCUGGCUGCAGAGGUACCCAACUGCUGGGAGAAAAUGCCAAACUUGCAUUAUCUCAAUUUGGCUAACAACAGUUUUUUUGGUGAAAUUCCUCACUCUUUGGGGUCGCUACGCGAUCUCUUUGUACUGCAGUUGCGUGGUAAUAGGUUGUCUGGAGGGUUUCCUUCUAGUUUGGGACAUUGCCAAGGAUUGGAGCUUUUUGAUGUUGCAGGGAAUGAGUUAACAGGUGAGAUUCCCACUUGGACUGGCCAGAUGUAUUAUAUGGAAUUUCUGAACCUUGGAAGAAAUGAAUUGGUUGGUAGUAUACCCGUUGAGAUAUGCAAUCUUACUUAUAUUAAAGUUCUAGACUUGUCUGUAAAUAACUUGUCUGGGAGAAUACCCGAUUGCUUCAACAAUUUUACUUCACUGGCUCAAGAGAAUAUACCAACUAAUAUAAGUCGUAGGGGUUAUAUUUUGAAUUUCUAUUACAAUGAUCAUCUUCCAAAUGUGGUUAUGCCAAAGUACUACGAUGCAUAUUCGUUGGUUCAGUGGAAGGGCCAUGAAUCGGAAUACAGGGGAAAUCUUUAUGAGGGGAUUGAUUUCCUUGAAUCUAUCAUCGAAUAG